CCCCAGUAUAUGACAACACAUGUUUUUUUCUCCGGAUGAAGCGGGAGAGACCUGUUGUGCAUCCACACUGGAUUACUAGUAAAUUGCAUAUUAAGAUUCCAACUUUGAAUCAUGGCAAGCAAACCGGUUUGGGAGCAGAUAGGUGCAGGCUUUGUGCAACAUUAUUACCAACAGUUUGAUUCUGAUAGAACCAAACUCGCCGAUCUUUAUACUGAUGCGUCAUGUUUAACAUGGGAAGGAGUUGGGUUCCAGGGGCAUAAAGCCAUUAUGGAGAAGAUCACUAGCUUACCGUUCCAGUCAAUUCAGCACAGCAUCACCGCACAGGACCACCAGCCCACGCCAGACAGCUGUGUAAUGAGCAUGGUGAUGGGACAGCUCAAGGCUGACACGGACCAGGUGAUGGGUUUUCAACAAACGUUCCUGCUGAAGAACGUGGACAACAAAUGGAUCUGCACAAAUGACAUGUUCAGAUUGGCACUACAUAACUUUGGAGCAUAGGAGGAAAUGGAAGGAUCAUGUACCUUCCACAGAGUUAGCUUUUUAUAUUACUUUUCAACUUUACGUGUGUGUGAGAGAAUGAUUGUCAGAUUCUUGUCUUCAAUAAACUCAUUAACCAGUUA